AUGGAUGAACACACACAAGCACUUUUGCAUUACGAAAAAGGGCUUGAAGUUCAACAAGAAAUACUUCCUCCUAAUUAUCAUGGCUUGACAUCUUCUUGCAGCAAAAUUGGAUCUGUUUACGAAAAAAUGGGCGACUACUCAACAGCACUUUUAUUUCAUGAAAAAGCAGUUGAAAUUCAUAAAAAAAUACUUCCUGUAGAUAAACUCAACUUGGCUUAUUCUUACAAUAAUAUCGGUUCUGUGUACGAAAAGAUGGGUGAAUAUAUGAAAGCACUUUCAUCUCACGAAAAAGCACUUGAAAUUAAAAAAGAAACACUUCCUCCGAAUCAUCCUGAUUUGGCUCAAUCGUAUAGUAAUAUUGGUUUCAUUUAUGUUAAGAUGUGUCAGUACUCAAAAGCUCGUCAAUUUCAUCAGUGUACUGUUGAUAUUGGACAACGUUCGCUACCUACCAAUCAUCCACGUCUUCAACAAUGGAAAAAAAACCUCGAAUAUGUCGCACGAAAAUGUAACUGA